AAUCAUUGUUAAUACAUUUGUGACUAAAUUGCAAAAUACGACAUAUUACACAUAUAAGCGAAAGCUAGUACAUAACAGGAUGUGAGGACCAUUUCCAGAUGCCAAAUGUUCUCUCUACAGCCCAUCCACACGCUUGACAAACAAUGGCAAACAGCCAACAGCAAACACGGACGUGUGGAUGGGUGUUUGUCGUUGUUUGCCUGUUUGUUUUUGUGAUGGGCAGUGUUCGGCAUCGGUGUCGGUUUUUCUUGCCAGAUCAAAGGAUGUUUGGCAAACAGUUUGCGACGUAUCCACACGUUUGGCAGCGUUCAGUACUGCGCGCGAGCUUGCGGGAGGCGGACGUAUUUUCUUGCUACACUUUUUAGUUGGCGCGCAAAGCGUAAAAAAUGUCUGAUUGGUCAGCAACUACGAUUCUGACAUUUUUGGAGGCUUAUCAAAAUGAGCCAUGUCUCUGGAAUCCCAAAGAUGCCGAUCACAAACAUCGGCAAAAGGUUAAUGAUGCAUGGACUCGCCUCAGCAUUAUAAUGAAUAAAAGAGUCAAGGAAUUGAAGACCAAAAAAGAAAUACUGAUGGCUACGUUCCGCAGACAUUUGAAGAAAACAAAAGAUUCUAUUCGGUCCGGUGCAGGAUCCGAUGAUGUUUAUACACCGGUCUGGUUUGCUUAUGACCUGAUGGAGUCAUUUUUAGGACCGGUAUAUACCUGCUCAAAUAACGUAAAUUCAGAGGAAAGAGCAUUGCCAGAAGAAAAUGAAACUGCAGCUAUAGAGGACGUAGAAUUUGUUGAAAAUAGAGAUUUAGAACAGCCUCUCCCUACACCAAAACCAGUGCGCCGUCGUCCAGCUACCGAGACAGCGGAACGGCAAAUGUCGUCUGCAUUUGGACAGUUGACCAAUAUUUUAAGCAAAAGACAGAGGGAAUAUCCACCACCACCACCAAAAGAAGACGACGACUGCGAACUUUAUGGAAAAUUACUAGCGAAAAAACUGCGUGAACUUUCACCGGAUGAGAGGAAACUAUUUAUGUAUAAUAUAGACACAUUGUUUAUAAAUAGAAUUAAAGACAGGCUCUUUAAGCGACAAACCCCAUCUCCCCAAUCAGCCCCUUAUCAGGCAUAUUCUGUGCCAUUACCAAAAACUUCACUAAUUCCAAUACGACCAUCAACUUCCCAAACAUCAUAUUCCGAACCUUUGCCAAAUAAUUCACCAUCGGCUCCAUAUCGACCGUCAUCUUCCGAAACCUCGUAUUCUGAACCUUUGCCAAAUACUUUAGUUUUAGGUUCAAACCAGCUAUCAACCGCCCAAACGUCACAGUAUUUAUCAUUGGUAAUCAAUUCACCCCAACCAUUCACUUCUCAAAAUCACGUUUAUUUCAACCAAUCGGGCUCAUCAAAUUCUACUCCUACCAUUCAAAUAAUAUCCAAUGAGUUGAUUUCCCAAAGAACAGAAACAAACCGUGUAAAUGAAGCUUUAAUUAAAGCUUAUGAAGACUUUGAUCGUGAAAAUUGAGAUAGUUUAAUCGGCUUAAUUUUUCAUGAAUUAAUUUUUCAUUUCAAAUUAUUGAUAAUAAAAAUAAAAAUUUAUAAAAAACAA